CCGGGCCGGGCGCCGCGCCCCCGCCGGCCCCGCGGAGCCGGGUUGGGCAGCCCGAGAGGCGUCUCCUCCGCAGCCCCCGCCCCCCCGCGCCGGUGCUGAAGCGUCUCGGCCGCUCCCCGGCAGCACUCCCGGGACAGGGGCGCCCCGUCGGCCCCUCAGCAGCAUCCAGGCCUCCCUCCCUGCCGCCCGGCCCGGGCUCUCCCGCUGCCGAGGGCACCUCAUGGAAAAUAAAUAAAUUAAUUCCCCCACUCGCACCCGCGGCAGGGAGAGGAGCCGGCGGCGGCCGCGAGAUUAGAUCCAGCCCGAGCUAGAGACCAGCCUAGUUGGAGAAGAGAGAGAGACCAAAAAAUGCCACCAACAACAGGAACGCCAGAUUACCCGCCUCCUGAUGGAGGCUGGGGAUGGGUUGUGGUCUUUGGGGCUUUUAUCUCCAUUGGAUUUUCCUAUGCAUUCCCCAAAGCCAUCACAGUGUUCUUCAAAGAAAUACAAGAAAUCUUCCACACAUCUUAUAGUGAGAUAGCUUGGAUAUCAUCGAUAAUGUUGGCUGUCAUGUAUGCAGGAGGUCCUAUAAGCAGCAUUUUGGUGAAUAAGUAUGGUAGCCGGCCUGUGAUGAUAGCAGGUGGUAUCCUGUGUUCAUUUGGAAUGAUUGCAAGCUCUUUCUGCAACAGCGUCCUUGAACUAUAUAUAUGUAUUGGUGUGGUUGGAGGUCUGGGUUUAGCAUUCAACUUACAGCCUGCCUUAACCAUGAUUGGCAAGUAUUUCUAUAAGAAGCGUCCCAUUGCUAACGGAUUGGCCAUGGCUGGAAGUCCAGUGUUCCUGAGCACAUUGGCACCUCUCAAUCAAUUCCUCUUUAAUGCUUUUGGCUGGAAAGGAAGCUUUCUUAUUCUGGGAGGACUUCUUCUGAACUGCUGUGUGGCUGGGUCACUUAUGAGACCUGUUGGACCGAAAAAAGUCCCAACUGUGAAAAAAGAUGUUGAAAAAGGCACAGGAGAUUCUGCCUUGCACAAAAACAACAAGAAGUCUUGUUGGCAAACUAUGAAUAAGUAUCUAGAUCUGUCCCUCUUCAAACACAGAGGGUUUCUGAUCUAUUUGUCAGGAAAUGUCAUUAUGUUCACUGGUUUCUUUGCUCCAAUAGUAUUCUUGGCUCCUUAUGCCAAGCAUAAGGGAAUUGAUGAAUAUUCUGCUGCUUUUUUGCUAUCUAUCUUAGCCUUUGUAGACAUGUUUGCUAGGCCUUCAAUGGGACUCCUGGCAAACUCCAGGUUUAUCCGGCCAAAGAUUCAGUAUUUUUUUAGUUUUGCUGUCUUGUACAAUGGAGUCUGUCAUAUCUUGUGCCCUCUGGCAACGAAUUACACUGGCUUGGUGAUAUAUGCUGUAUUUUUUGGGUUUGCAUUUGGAAUGGUUAGCAGCGUUCUUUUUGAGACAUUGAUGGACCUCGUUGGGGCUUCCAGAUUUUCCAGUGCGGUUGGACUUGUCACUAUUGUGGAAUGUUGUCCUGUGCUCAUAGGCCCUCCUCUAGGAGGUUGGUUAGUAGAUGUUACUAAUGAAUAUCAGUACAUGUAUUUUGUCUGCGGAGUGAUUGUGACUGUGGCCAGUAUCUGGUUGUUCAUUGGCAAUGCCAUCAACUACAGGCUUUUGGCAAAAGAAAAGAAGCUAGAAGAUGAGAAGCAAAAAGCUCAGAAGAAUGCUGACUCAAAGGAAGUGGAACCAUUAACAAACAAUGAGAAUGAAGAUGCUUCCAGCAGAGCCGACAAAGCUCUUGAAGAUCCCUCAGAAAGAGAAACCAAUAUUUAAUCUGCAUUAUAGCUCAGAAGACUUCCAUUAGGAAUCAAGGCACAGACCAAGUUUCGUGGUAAUAAUGAUCAGUCACAAUAUUGGAUGGGAACAGAUUUUUGCCCCAUGGCAAAACUUUAAGUCAAAUUGCUAUCUACAGUCUAUUUAUUUCAGCGACACAAAAUUAAGAUUACAGAGGUAGUGAUCCCAUGCAAGGGAAUCCAUCAGACUUUGAUUCUGGACAAUCAAGAGUCAGGUAAACCAGACUAUAAAGCCUUCCAAUUACAAAAAUAUUUGUUUCAAAAGUAUAUCUAAUACAAAAGUAUCUCCUACUCUUAUUUGGGAAGAUACUUGCAUUCAUCUUUAGAGUAUGGUUAAAGUCUGUUGAAAUAAUCUACCCAAACUCUACUUACCGCUAAUAUUAAAGAGAAUAUAAAUUCAAAGAUUUGUUGCAAAAGAGACCAAGUACCUGACUGAAGCACACAGAAACUUUUUUUGUAUUUUGUAUUCCCACUAGAUAAAAAAUACGUCUAUAUAAACAAUUAUAAUAUGGAUGUAAAAAUUAAGAGUAGAAGAUGAACAAUUGGUGGGCACCAUCUCUAAAAAACAAUAAACAGCUGAUUUAUAAUAUAUUCCAGAAGUAGUUUCCUCCUGUGACAGCUGAUGACAUUGUACUUCAGCAUACACAUUUGAACAAAAAAUACAUUCAGACCUCACUAAUUCAAACUAAGCUAAAAUCUGCCUGUACAUAAAAGAUUUAAACCCAAGAUUUGCAUUGCUAACAAGUGUGGCAAUUAGUUUGAUUAUGCAUUCCUGUGUGGCUGAAUGAUUUGGAUCAGACUGUGAAGCCUUUUUCCUAAAAGGACUAGACUGAGAAUCUGCUGAAGUUAAAAGGAUACUAACCUUUGGCUUUUGUGGCGCAAAUCAGUUUCGUGGCAAUGACUUCAAAGUAAAUGCUUGGCUUUAUUGGCAAGUCAUUAGUUGUUUGAUGGUUUUCUGAGAGGAGAUUUAAGGUCUAACUUCAGGUCUUUGCAGAUAGAUAUCUUCAUACCAGUUCUCACCUCCCUUUCACAUGAAUUUGGUGAAAAGCUACUUCUUUUUUUUUUUUGUGUAAUGCUGCUUUGAGCAAAAAUGCUGCAAGGCACCUUGACAAUGCCAGUCUGGAAGCUUUGUGCAGGCAGCUUUGUCUGAAAGCUUUGACAUAUCGGUUUUGUGCAGGAUAUUUAGUCUUGUGUCUACAAUUUCACACAGACACUCUCAUAAAUUAAAAUGUACACAAUUGUCCUCCUCCUUUAGACAAAAGAAAGCAUAAGUCUACAGUUUUACUUUACAGAAAUCAUUUAGCAUUGCAUUUGAAAGCUAAAAGUGCAAGCUUCGGACGGUAAUAAGUGAAAAUAUUUCUGUUGUAUUUCUAGGUAAGGAAAGGUGCUAUUUGUUUCUGAGGCAUAUAAAUGCCUCAGAAAUUGUGAAAAUUAAGGGUCUGAUUCAUAAAAUAUUUAUGCACCAUUAAUGCAGGAUAAACCGACAUUCAAUUACAGGAAAAGAAUAUUAUUCCUUUUAGUCCUCUUCUAAAUCUCAAAAAGUUGGAAAUACAGUGCACAGAGACCUAGCUGUAAUAAACACACUUUGAAGUGCCAAUAACAGAAGAAAAAAAGUAAUAGUAAAAUCUAGCAGAGUGCUUUUAGGAAGUUAUUUCUUAAUAUUAAUAAUGUUAUUAUGUUCAAUAUGAUUCUUUUAAUUUUUCUUGCAAAAAUUUUGGUUUUGCUUAUUUCAGUUUUUCUGCAUUAUCAUCUCAUAUAUUAUGAUGUUCCACAGUAGUGCUGAACUUUUUAAUUAUGUCAGCACUGUUUUGAGGGAGAAGCAUCACAAAUCUACUCUCAGCAUGGUACGGAAUUUAAUAACUACUUUUUACCGAAUUAUAUUCAGGAAAACCAGACAUCUCCAGCAAGUCGUGUAGUUUUAUAGAAUUAUCAGCAACAAAAUAUAAGGAUUUCAGAGUUUUGGGAGAAAAUAUGUUUUGUAUGUUCAGAUUUGAGCAGUGUUCUGUGUAAAGGAGAAUGAUUUAGUCCCAGUAAAAUUAUAAUUCUUCUCCCAGCCCCCAGCUUCAGAGAGGAAAUAAAUACUUGGAACCUUAGCCCUGCCAGUACCCCAUGAGAUAAAAGCAUUGCUCUCUUUUUUGACUAUUCAAACAUACCGAGUGAAUUCCAGGACCUGUGGAGACCCUGAGUGCCCACAGCCAGAGUGUGAUGAGGGCUUUCAUAGACACAAACAUUUCAUACAGUGAGGAAUAUCAGUUAUAAAUACUGUAUUGCAAAAGAAGAACUGAAAUUUUAGCUAAAGAGUAGUCAUCGGGAACAUCAGUCUGCUCUUAACAGCAACUGUUAGAAAGGCAGAGAUUAUUUGAAAAGAGAUUAAUACAGAGACUGAAUGAAAAUGUCUGGGGCAAAUUUGUAGGUGCUUAUUAUCUCUUUGCAAAAAACAGCAUGAUUAAGAAUACGGGGUAGAAGACAACAAGUGUCAGCUUUUAAAGGUUGUUAAAUGUUGCUGUUGCCAAGUAAAAAUGAUGAUAAAAAUGUCUCUCAGGAAGUAUGCAGGCAACUUGCCUAUUCUAUGCAGGAUCUCAGAAUACAAUACAACAUGGCAUAGGAAAUACGGGAAAAACAAAGUUCCUUGAGCCACAGACACACCUGACCACCAGUAACAAAAAUUAUGUUACUAUCUCGGAGGAAUUAAAAAUUUCUAUAAACCCUCUACAGAGAUGCUACUCUUUCAUCUCUGGUAAAGUGUGUUAAAAAAUAAUAGGAAUGAAAGAGCUGCUUUACCACCACUCACCAAUGUCCAAUUUUUAAUCCUAUAAGGCUAAAUGAUGCAGCAGGCAACUGGAGCAGUAUAAAUUAGGAAGACUCAAGUGAAACAUUUACUUAACGCCUCUUUCAUUACUUUUCCUCUUAACACUAACAACAGAAUAAAAACCAUCAGCAUACUCUUGAUAUUACUGAAUAUUAAAGAAGGUAAAAUCCAGAGAUGAAUGAAGAAAAUUGGAACCAUAUCUAUGCAAAAACUGCCUGCAAUUAAAAACCCAUGUCUUCCAAAUAACACGUCUGUUGGGGGCAACUGCCUCAUAGUAGAGGUAGGUCAUAUUUCUAAAAAUAAUUAUAAUAAUAAAUUGCCUUGAAUCAACUAUAUACUGAGCAACAAAGUAUCAAAAUUAGUAUAACUUGCCUUCAAAGCCCUGAAUAUCACUCUUACUUGCACUGACCUGUAAUUUAUACUGUAAAUCACUUGAUCAUUACAUUUCUGCUUUUAUGAUUAGACCUGAGUAUACACACCAUCUCUCUAAAUUUCCCUGGUUUCUUUUAAUUACCUCACCCUCAGUCUGAACCACUGCAGAGUCAGGACUAAGAGACUCCCCCGCCCAGUGAUGAAGAAAUAUACUCAAACUUCAAGACAUACCACAUGCAUCUGUUAAUGCACUAUAAAAAUCUGGAGUCUCUGUCAAUCAGUGCAAGCAAAUCCUUAAUUGGUCUUAUUCUCAUCUGUACUCAUGUAUAGCUCAUUCUUUUCUCUGCCCCAAUAUGACUAAGCCUAAUUAUCCUCUUGCUCUUAUUUGAUCAAUCUAGAAAAGAUAAUACCAACAUUUUAAAAUUAGUAGGAAAGUGGAUAACAUCAAUAACACUUUUUUCCCAUUUAACAUCAAGGUUAAAUUUCAAGUUGUUUUAGAGAACACAUCCAGAUACUUUUCUCUCUUUAGUGUUUUGAUGUAGAACUCUCUACUAGCUGAAGGGUUCUGUAUUGCCCUUUCCAACUCCAGAGAAAGACUUCGCAAUAUUAAUUUUCCAUAUUAUUUCAGGAACAUAUAAAAAUUUCAUCCCUCCCACCUUUUUGCAUUGAACUAUGCUUACAGUUGCUGUCAGUUCUGUAUUUCCAUUUGGAAGUUCAAAAAAGCAUAUUUUUAUAUGAAAUCCUGUAGCAUAAGUAGUCAGACUACAAUGCUUUUAUUUCAGGAGUGUGACUUGUGAACUGUUUUGAAAGAGCUAGGGAAAAUCUGACUUCAUGUUCAGAUUUUUUAAGUGAUACUGUCCUUAUGAGAGGAAGUUCUACUUACUGCUGAAGUGAAUGGCAGCAAUUUCACUGAUAUUGUGAUUCAAAAUUCAUGUGACUCUUAAUGGUCGCUUUGCAUAUCAGCACCUACUGUACUUAAAAACAUUUGUCAAUAUGUACAUGAUUUUUCCUCUCCGAGAAUUCUUUUUCCUCCUGAAAGUUUCCCACCUCCACCACCUCACCAUAUUCUCCAUUUUGAUGUAACACAAAGAAUUUGGACCGGGAAUGUAGUCACUUAUCUUUAAUGCUUUCUUGUAAUUGUUUUCCCUGAAAUGCCACAUUUGCCAUGCUGCCAAAUGCAAUGUUUUUCACUUGCUACUUUCAGGUCUGGUUUUGAGUAUUAGUCGAGAGGUAUUACUAAGAUAGAGAAAAAGCUACAGAUACCACAUAAAGCCAGAUUUGGGGCAGCUAUCAGGAUUUCACUAAACAAAGCCAUUGACUGCUUUUAUAGAUUAACAUGCUAUAACUGACGCUGACAAUUUUGCUUAUAAAAAAACUGAAUCAGGCAACUUUUGUUAGUUUAUCUAUAGAUGACUAUUUUUCUACUCACAGAGAGGAAUAUAAAGGGAAUUUUAAAAUAAUUAUUUUCAGAGAUAGCAUAUCAGUUUUAACAAGGCUGUCUGGAUUUUUUUUGGGGGGGUGCACUUCUGAUAUUUGUGCAUAUAUAUACAUUGAAAAUGCUUGCAUGUACUAUCACCU